UAUUUAAUCGAUACAUUGUUAUCGAUUGGGCACAUUGACAACUCUAUUUUCGAACCUCGAUCCAGUUCCGAGUGGUUCCGAGUGGGUUUUGUGCACGUUUUUGUAUUCAUCGCCAGCCACGUUAAAAGGAAGAACGUGAAUGUGAAUACAAGAGGCACAGAAGCAGCAACAGAAUAAGAAGCAGCCACCACACCAAGUCCAAGUCCAGGCCAAGCAUCGCAUAGAAGAAGUCGCAGCAGCCGCUCUUGGAGUCAGGAUUAGUCCUCCAUCCCCCACCACAUCCACCAACACCACCAACACCAGCACCAGCACCACCCACUCACAGUUCAAUCAGGCGGGGUAAACAACCAACAAGGAGCGAGCAAAAUGUCUGGCGAGGAAACGUCUGCCGAUCGCAAUGUCGAGAUCUGGAAAAUAAAGAAGCUGAUCAAGAGUCUGGAGAUGGCGCGCGGCAACGGCACCAGCAUGAUUUCUUUGAUUAUUCCGCCAAAAGAUCAGAUCUCGCGCGUCAGCAAAAUGUUGGCCGAUGAAUUUGGAACGGCCUCGAAUAUCAAGUCGCGCGUGAAUCGUCUGUCCGUCCUCGGUGCCAUUACGUCGGUCCAGCACAGACUCAAGUUAUACACCAAAGUGCCUCCAAACGGUUUGGUCAUCUACUGCGGCACCAUUGUCACAGAGGAAGGCAAGGAAAAGAAGGUGAACAUAGACUUUGAGCCAUUCAAGCCGAUCAACACGUCGCUCUACCUCUGCGACAACAAGUUCCACACGGAGGCCCUCACUGCCCUGCUGGCCGAUGACAACAAAUUCGGCUUCAUUGUGAUGGACGGUAAUGGCGCUCUCUUCGGUACACUCCAGGGUAAUACGCGCGAGGUGCUCCACAAGUUCACUGUCGAUCUGCCGAAAAAGCACGGACGUGGUGGUCAGUCCGCCCUCCGUUUUGCCCGUCUGCGUAUGGAGAAGCGUCACAAUUAUGUGCGCAAGGUUGCCGAGGUGGCCACCCAGUUGUUCAUUACAAAUGAUAAGCCCAAUAUUGCCGGUCUCAUCCUAGCCGGUAGUGCAGACUUUAAGACCGAGCUCAGUCAGUCUGAUAUGUUUGAUCCCCGUUUGCAAUCGAAAGUAAUCAAGUUAGUGGAUGUGUCUUAUGGUGGCGAGAACGGAUUUAACCAAGCCAUUGAACUGGCAGCCGAGUCCUUGCAAAAUGUCAAAUUUAUUCAGGAGAAGAAGCUCAUUGGUCGUUACUUUGAUGAAAUUUCUCAGGACACUGGCAAAUACUGUUUCGGAGUGGAGGAUACAUUGCGGGCACUGGAACUUGGCUCGGUGGAGACUCUGAUUUGCUGGGAAAACCUCGACAUUCAACGAUAUGUUCUCAAGAAUCAUGCCAACUCGACGUCAACGACAGUAUUACAUUUGACGCCGGAGCAGGAAAAGGACAAGUCGCACUUCACUGACAAGGAGAGCGGGGUGGAGAUGGAACUGAUCGAGUCUCAGCCGCUGCUCGAAUGGCUGGCAAACAACUACAAAAUGUUCGGCGCCACAUUGGAGAUUAUCACGGACAAGUCCCAGGAGGGUAGCCAGUUCGUGCGAGGUUUCGGUGGAAUCGGCGGCAUAUUGCGCUAUAAAGUAGAUUUCCAAUCUCUACAGGCUGAUGAGCCGCUGGAGGACGUCGAUCUCGAUGAUUACUAAUGGGUCGCGGGUCUCGAUAAUGCGUUAUAAUGCAGAAUAAACCAGUACUUUUUUGGGAAAACCUCGUAAAGCGAAACGUUCAAAUUGAUUAGGAACCAAUUUACUUGCCACAUAGUUUUGUCUAUGUUCAGCGUAGCCGUUCAAUACCAAAUAUUUAUCACCAAUAGGGUCGUCCCUCCCUCUCAUCAUCAGUCAGGCGGUGCAUUUCCUUCUCAAUCAGAUCCAGAUCCAGAUCCAGCAAGUCUCUAGAUAUGUGUACCUCUCUAGAUUUUUUCUCAUUACUUAGUCUCCUCCUGCACGAAGCUCGGAUCGGAGUGCGAUUUUUUACAAUUUUUAAGCCACAAAACUAAAUUAUUUCGCAAUUAAAGUGGAGUGUGGAGUGGUGGAGUGGUGAGGUGGUGUAAGUAUCACCUCUGAUAGCAGGAUUUGAUUUGGUUUGAGGAUUGUAUCUUUUUGUGUUUUUGGAACGGUUAUCGUACCACUAUUAGCUGGAAGAGUUUCGAACGUAUCUGCAUUUCCCCUAUUCAAAUUACAACAGAGUGUUAUAAGAAAGUAUACAAAUCUAAUCCAUAAAAAUUGUAAUAAAAAUUAAACCAGAAAUAAAACAACACACAUAAUACGAUUCGUAAAUUAUUUAAAAUUUAAGUUUAAGGUGUCUAAGAGGUGAGCUCUUAAUGUUUAGUUUAAAAUAGUAUGAGUUGGAUUAUAUAGUUUUUCAUUUUAAUUUGCUUCUGUUUAAUUUAACUUUUUUGUUUAAUUUUUUUAUUAAUAUAUAUAUUAUACUCCCACACACAGGUAUCUUACGCUACAAGGUAGACUUCCAGAGUAUGCAGCUCGACGAACUGGACAAUGAUUGCUUCGACCUAGAUGAUUACUAGAUAAUGUUGUUCUGUUGGAAUUGAUUUGCAACCUACCUACGUCGACAGCAAAAACUGAAAACUGAAAACUGCAACUACAUAAAACCAGGAAAAUCAAAUAGAAUAUUUUAAUAAUACGAGAGAAAAAACACACAAACCUUCUUCCAUUUUAACGUUGUUGGCGAGAAAAGUAAAAUUUAAAUUAAUGCAUAUAAAUACAAAUGAUAUAAUGUUAAAUCGAGGAAAACAUAUUAAAAUGAUACCGUUUUACGUGAACAAAACUAUAA